AUGCUAGUGUAACUACAUGCCCAUCAAGUCAAUAUUUUGAUACAACUCAGUUUAAAUGUAUUAGUUGUCCAGCAAACAACGUCCAAGACUCAACUGGUCGGGCUUGUAAAUGCCGUGAUGGUUAUAUAUUUACUUUUGAAACAAGGUUUGAGUUCAUAAAAGCUUGUACAAAAUGCCCAGAUUCCUACAAAUUCUCAAUGCGUUUGUCCUGCAAAUUAUAUCACAAUUGAUAGAGAUGAUGUAAUAAUAUUAACUUUCUAAUAAUAAUAGAGUGGUUAAAAUCUAGAUAGUUUCCAAUGUAAACUCUGCGCUUCAAAUACUUAUCAGGGUCCUCCCUCUAAAUCUAUCUGGUCUUGUUAAGCUUGCCCACACUUUGCUUAGUUUUACAAUGAUAAAACUACUCCAUACUCUUGUUAGUGUAGCGAUUCUUGGGAACCAGCAAAAGAUAUUUGUGUCAGAUCAUCAGAUGUUGCUAAUUUAACCCGAGGAUUCCCACUUUAUUAUGCAGGAUAGAUAACAUACAAUUAUCUUCUUGAUUUUAAUGAUGAUAGGACUUAAAGAACUAUUGCAUAUUCAGAUCUUUACUAUCAAUAUUACUAUUACUCGGCUUUAGGCUGUUGGAAAGAUUAAGAUCCUGAAAAGUGCUAAAUUCUAGCUAAUCUGUGUGCUUUAACUCUCUAUAACGAAAGAAAUACAACCUGUUAAUUCUACUAGUACUUAACAACUUUAUAUCCUUAAACCAAUACCUACUAUGGGGAUGCAAGCUGGGUCAAUACUUUACCAUGGCUAUACUAUUCUUAGAAGCCUUCAGAUCUCAUUAAAAAGAGUGGAAAGGUUGAUAUGACCGUAUCCUUUGUUUCUGGAUCAGGAAGAAAUGCUUCAUUGACAUUCUAUCUUGCUAGAUAUCAUAUUAAUGGUACAUUCCUAGGUUUCUAACAACUAAAAAGCUAGCUUUCAAUCUGCCCUUUAAAUUACGAUGAUGUGUUGAAUAUCUUCAAGUUUGGAGCUGUUUCUCAAAAUGAAUGCAGCUUUCCACUAGAAUAAUUAAUUCUUUCACCUGAAAAUCAGCCAAGUGAGGCUAACGUGUUCUUCGACCUGUUUAUUCAAGAUAGAAAAGGAAAUCUCGUAGAUGUACCAGUUUUAAUAAGAAACUUUAUUGAUAAAAAUGAUAAAUUGAUCAAUGAGGGAGAGUUUUCUGAUGACUGGAGAUUCGUUAGAAGAUUUUUCUUAUACGACACUAUUUCAGGUAUAGAGCAAGUCAAUGGGUAUCCUAAAUUAGCACCAUCAAUCGUGAGAUGGGCUGCAGAGAUUAAAAUGAAAAUUACUCUUGAUCCCAAUAAUGAAGAACAAAUAUAUUUACCUUAUUUAGAAAUAACCUAUAAGGAAAAGCAAGCUAAUCUUAUCCAUUCUAAUACCUUAGCAUCAGUCAGAUUCGUGAUGGAUUACUAUUAAGAUAUGACAAAGUUCUGGAAAGAUAUCUUGAUUGCAUUUAUUGUAUUCCAUGUGUUGAUCGCUGCUAUUGUAGGUAUAAGACUGUACUUCUUUAUACUAUAAAACCCUCCUGGGUUACUCUAGAGAAAAUUUACUGCUAAAUUAGCUUGGAAGCUUACUUAUUUAGUAAUAGAUACUUGGAGUGAGAUAAUGUUCUGGAUUGUAUUCUUUACUACAGCUUACUGGUUUGUAACAUAUAAACUUUAGGCUAAUGCUUAUCUUUUGCUUCCAUCAGUUGAUGACUGGACAACAAGUUACAGAAUUUUUGAUAUAGUAUUUGGAUUUAUCUUAGCUUUGAGAUUUAUAGCAAUCAUAAUGAAGAUUAUAGAAUAGUCUACUGUAGACAUAUUCUUUAUUGAUUGGGAACCUCAGCCAGCUCCAAGGGAUCCUCAUCCUGCAAACAGAGAUCAAGACCCUACUCUUGCUCAAAUAUUGAAUCAGGAAUCAAUCUAGAAAACUGAUAAAAAUAUUGUAUGGAGAUCAAUAUUUUUAGCGAAUGAAUUCAAUGAGCUUUAAAGCGAGUAUAGAUACAUCAAGCCAGAAACAACUUUGAUUUGGUUCGGAUUUUUUAUUAAAGCUCUUGGAUGGGAGUAUUUCGCUGAAGCUAACCCAGAUGUGAAUGCAACUGACAAUGAUUUGAUACCAAUCAAUCAUGUACUUAAGUUUUUCAUAUCAGCCUUCUUGUUUUUGUUUAUUAUGGCAGUACAGUAUAUUGUAGAAGCCAUAAAUUCAUAUACCUCUGGUUUGAAAUUUAAUGAAUUUCAAGAUCUCUGCUCAAUCACAAAUAUAUCAAUUUUGAUGAUGGAUGAAACUUUUCAUGGCUAUUAUAUUCAUGGAUAAUCACCAAGUUCUUAUGCAGAUGUCACACUAACAUAACUAAAGAUGAAUCUUGAUUAAGAAGGUACAGCAAAUAUUGGAUUCAGACCUAGAGGAUUAGAUAAUGUUCAAUAAAGUGGAGUGUCCGAUAAAGUUGUUUAGAGCUAUGAAAUAUAUUUACCUCUUGGAAUAAGAAAUAGCUACGAUGAAAUCUUCAAACAUAGAAACUACAUCAGAUUAUUAGAAAUUGAACAAAAAAAAUUACAGAAGGAAUAGAAAAAGAGGUCAGAUGAAAUAAAUAAGAAGCAAAAGUAGGAAUAAGAUAUGCUUGAGGAAGACCAGUAAAAACUUAUUAAAGCUCAAUAGGAAAUUUAAUCUUAAAUCAAAGCCUAGUAAAAUAUCACCAAUUAGAAAGAGGCAAUGAUCAAAGAGCAGGAGAUGAAGCGAUUUGAUCUUAAUUAAAACUUAAAAGCUUACAUUGAAAGGGCCAAAAUGAACACCAGUGUUUAUGUCAAGCAGAGAGAACCCUUGGAAAGAUUGGUUAAGAUGAAGCCUUCAAGCAUAUUACUAGGCUUUGAUCCUGGUCAAGUAGUGUUAAAUGAAAUUAAAAGAAGUGAGAAUAACAGCAAGCAAAACAACAGCAACUAUUAUAACAAUGCCAUGAAUAGAAACUAAGCCAAUAUGAGCAGCAAUUAGGGAAGUUAGAAUCUCCCAGGAGCAUAAUAAAAACCCUAAGGAAUAAGCAACGAUAUUCCAUUUUUUAUCAAGGACUAUUUUGCCAACUGGCCUAGCUUUACUUCGAUACUAUAUUGUCAUUUGGACUAUCAAGUACUGAUUUUAUUCAUACUACUGUUCAGUCUAUUUGAUAGAGCGUCUGGAUCAAGCAUCAUUAGUAUUGGAAUAAUCUAUAUCGUCGAAAAAAUCUUGGCAUAUAUUAGACAGAAACUAGGAGAGAGCAAUUUAAGUAAGAAAACUAUUAUUGACAGCAGAUUUUUUGUCUGA